UGUAUAGAUACCGUGAUAAGCCUGCGUAAAAAUUAUAGUUUUAGUCAACUAUAAAAGAAAAAGAACAAUAAAAGAAUGAAGUAUAUUUCAGUUACAUUGAUUUUGUCACUAGUUUUUGCAGGAUAUGUAAUUAAUACAAUUUGGACAUUAGCCGAAAUUUUUAUUCCACCGGAAUGUAGUCGUGGCGAAAGAUGUUUUUCUAAUUAUUUAGCAUCAAAUCCAGUACAGCAUCUGGUCUUAUAUACUUCUGUUAAGGAGUAUCCUUAUAGAAAUGGAAUCUAUGAGGCUUCUGUAAAUAAAGUGCAUACUUCCCUAAAAUUUGAUUAUCGGAAUGAAGCAAAAGUGGUUGUGACACUGAAAAUACCUCGUAAGACCCGUAACAAUGGAACAUUAUUCAUGCAUGCAGUUUUAUUAGAUGAAAAACGGCUUUACGACGAUUUUAUUGAUAUAUUUCGUACUGAGUCAGUACACACAUUACCUUUAGUAACACACACUGAACCACAAGCUGCUACAUUUAAUCUUCUACAGUCCAAUGAUGAAGAAAAAAAACCAAAAUCUGAAAAAAAACUGAAGCCAUAUUCACAUAUAGCAACAAUUGCACCAUUAGCUGUUCUAACUGACAACUUAAAUCUGCCCGUUCACAAAAUACCUGCUGAAUUAUAUCCUUAUAUGAGGGUAAGAGGUGAAAAAUUCCUUCCUAUUAUUCAGCAUAAUGUUUUAAAAUCUCGAAUUUCUCAUUUGCAACUCCUGAACAGCAGUACACCGGAAGUGAACGUAACAGUCACUGUAGCCCCUGCUACGUAUGGGUCCCUACGCUUGGCUUUACAUGUUCGUCUUGCAUUGGAACAACUUCAUGGGUUAGGUUUCAGUGACAAAGACGUAGAUGAUGUUAAAGGAAUAUUUGCUGAUACCAAUCUGUAUUUGCUAUCUGCAACAGUCUUAAUUGCUAGCUGUCAUCUGUUAUUUGACUUCUUGGCAUUUAAGAAUGAUGUGUCCUUUUGGAAGCGUAAGCGGUCCCUGGCUGGUCUGUCCGCUCGGACUGUCAUUUGGCGUGCUUUCUCACAAUUAGUCAUUUUCUUUUAUCUCUUAGACGAACAAACAUCAUUAUUGGUUCUUGUUCCUGCCGGUAUCAGUGCAGUGAUAGAGGCGUGGAAGGUGAGCGUGGUGCUGCACGUGCGCGUGUCGCGCGCGGGCUGGCGGCUGCGCGUGUGGCGCGCGGGGCCGGACGCGUCCGAGCGCAGCACGGCGCGCGCCGACCGCGAGGCCAUGCGCUACCUGGCGCUGCUGCUCUACCCGCUGUGCGCCGCCGGCGCGCUCUACUCGCUGCUCUACGAGCCGCACCGCGGCUGGUACUCGUGGGCGCUGACGAGCGUGGUGAACGGCGUGUACGCGUUCGGGUUCCUGCUGAUGCUGCCGCAGCUGUUCGUGAACUACCGCCUGCGCUCGGUGGCGGCGCUGCCGUGGCGCGCCUUCAUGUACAAGGCCUUCAACACGUUCAUCGACGACGUGUUCGCCUUCAUCAUCACCAUGCCCACCGCGCACCGCGUGGCCUGCUUCCGCGACGACCUCGUCUUCCUCGUCUAUUUGUACCAAAGAUGGUUAUAUCCCGUAGACAAGUCUCGAACCGACACCGCCUCCAGCAUGGACGAGAAUCCCGAGGAGCUGGAGCCCAUCAAGCAGAAAGAUGACUGAUGAAUGAUAUGCUUAAUUAGUAAACAUAAGUUUACAUAAUUAUUAUUAUUUUAGUUAAUCAUGUGCUAUGGCUAUGGUGCUAUACGAUGCGCAUUGAACGAUUAAGAGGAAGCAUUGUGCGUAUCAUUUAUACGUCUACCAGGAAAAUCUUACCCAUUGAGGAUGUAAUUGUUAAAAGAAAAUAAAGAAUUUUACUGGUGGUACAGCUUUGUGCAAGAUCAUGCGGGUAGGUACCUCCCACUUAUCAGAUAUUCUACCGCUAAGCAGCAGUACUGGUACUGUUGUGUUCCGGUUUGAAGGGUGAGUGAGCCAGUGUGUAACCAGUGUCGUUGUCGUUUUCAAGGUUGGUGGCACAUUGGCGAUGUAAGCGAUGGUUAACAUUUCUUACAAUGCCAAUGUCUAUGGGUGUUGAUGGUCACUUACCAUCAGCUGGCCCAUUUGCUCGUCCGCCUACCUAUACCAUAAAAAAAACUUUGUUUUUACUGUCACGCACUACAGAACUAAUAGAAAAUAAUCCAAAAAAAACUAGUUAAAUUAUUUCUGUUAAGAUGAUUCGUUCGAUUCCAACAGAGUAGACUAUAAGCCAACAUGUUGGUGAUGUACGAGCUGUCUUUUUUAUGUUACUAUAUGGUGGUGGGUAAUUAACCCCAUAAAUAUCAUUUCCAAGAAGGGUUGGCCUUAAGCUGGCGGUCGGCUGUAGAAUAUUGUGAAUAUUUUCUUGUAUACCAAUCAGCCCGCUACCCCAAAUAAAUAGGCUGGUUGGAAAAAAGCCUUUGGAUAAUGUAAUAUAUAUAAAGUCUUGUUAUAAUAUGUUGAAUUCAAAAUUAAUCAUCACAAUAAAGACCAACAUAUUUUAUUUCUGGUGGGUAUUAUUUAAAGGUACCGAAUGCUUAAUGCUAAUAAUACAUUUAAUUAAGUUUUAUGUUUUACACUUGUUUUUUUUCUUUUAUAAAUAAAGCAAGUAAAAAUAUCAAUCACAAUUACAAUCAAUGUCAAAGAAAAAAAUCAUAAGUUUUAAUGCUGUACCUGAUGGCAAUAUAAAUGAUACGUAAAUUGCUUGGAUAAAUUUCACUUAAUAUUAAUAUUUAUUUAUUUAUUAUUAUAUAAUUAGAUACAUUAUAUUUCGAGAACAAUAAGUUAAUUGUUCGAUAAACGAAUUUAUUUUUAAAUUGACUGACGAACGUUAUUAAUAUAAAAUGGUCUAAACUGACAGAUAUAUAUGGUAACACUUAGCAAAUACAAUGUUGUAUGAUUUUAAAUGUUCCUUUUUAUUGUCACUAAAGCCAAAAUUGACAUUAGCAUAUCGAGGCAUUACUCUAGUAUAAAUACUCUGUUGUGUUUAUUUUAAAAUACAUAUAUAUACUUAAUUUAUUUGAAUAGAAUAAUUUUAAUCGAAUGAAAUCCUAAAAUUUUUUUUUUAAAUUAUUUAUUGUUAAUGUGUCUGUGUGUCGUACGUACUAUUCCUCAGUAUAAACUUUGUCUAUUCGAAUUUAUUUAUUUUUUUAGAGUUGCCAUCUUAAAAAUAUUCAAAACAGUAUAUACUUCUUGUAUUUAAAUUUAAAACUAAAUUUUAAACUAAGUGUUUAAUUUUUGUAAAAAUACAACUUCUUAAAAAAUAACCUUCAUAUUAUAAUUGUUUGUAUUAUAAAUUCCAAAAGUGUCCGAUUGUUAUAAAUAAGUACGCUUUUCACUAAAUAAGUGAAGCCGGGUUUUUUUC